GAUAGCUGCAUAGCAUAGGCCGAAAUAUAUAUUUUGUGACUUUUCGGCUGCUGAGUCCGGCAGAAUUAGCGAAAAAUAAUUAUUCUGUUAGAAUUAAAAAACAAGUUUAAAGAUAAAUUUUCCAGCAUUAUUAUGUCUCGUCUGACACUUCUCGAUGACGAUCUUGAUCGUUAUCACGACGUUUAUCGGAAUGGCUUCUCGAAGAUCGCGAAGAAAGACGUUGUUUUGAAGGAAGUCGCUCAACAUUUCGACAACAUCGUUUUGAAGAAGAUGACUGACGUAUUCCAAGCAGAAGAUCAAUUUAAUCUUCUAGGUGUCGGUGUUGGUGAAGGCCACUGUGAGUUUCACUUCUUGAAGCGUCUUGGAUCUCACUUCAGAUCGAUUAAAAAUGUAGCGGUGGAACCUAAUGAAAGCUUAUUCAAAGUAUUUAAAGCCGAGACGCAGGCUUGGAGUUCCGAUAUAGAAUCAAAUUGUGAAUCGCAUUACUUCGUUGGCCCUCUCACGCAAUUCUUUGAUGAAAGCCCCCUGGUGGAUCGUAAGUACAACUUAAUUAGCGCUGUGCAUUCACUGUACUAUACCGGCGACUUGGAAGCGACCUUCAUACGACUGAUGUCAAUGCUUAAAGAUGAUGGAGUUAUGGUUAUUGUCUUAGCAGGACCAAACUUGAUCUAUCGAACGCACCACAGGAAUCCCUGGUUGCCAGCAUUCGACCGCUAUUCUGCCACACCAGAAAGUCUUAAAGUCGUUCAGCUGGCCGAAAGAGAAGGAUACAAAGUGACCGAAUUCGAACUGAAUACCAAGUGGGAUGUCACUGCUUUAUUUGAGGAGAAAUCGGAGUUGGGGGACAAACUUGUCGACUUCUUGACCAUGACGGCUUAUUUUCGUAAAACGGCACCGGCAGGAAAGCUUGAAGAAUUCAUGAGGCUUUGGCGAGAGUCCUGUUUAGAAGGUGAAAAUGGACGUCUCCAAACAGAACCCAGGGAGAAGCUUUUCUUCAUCACUAAGUAGGUGUUAAUACUAGAUUCUUAAAUGACUGAACAUGUAACAUACUUGUGUCGUACUUCCAAUUGGCAAAUCUAUCUCAAUCACAUCAGGAGUUAAUUGGAUAAGGAGUACAUUAUGCCAUAAUGUUGUUAGCGCACAUGUGCUCUCGAGGCUUGACUACGGCGGAUGCUUAAUUGGGGUAUCGAAUCUAGGAAGACUUCGUUAACAACAAUCCCUUCUUAUAUUAUUUUCUCCGCUAAUCAACAACAUACUCUCUUCGUCCUUCAUCUGCUCCUUCCAAUAUUAUUCCUUAAUCCAGAAAACAGGCCGGCUUCCAUUCUCUCCUGCCCCCUGUCUUCUGAACAAAGUCCCUUCAUCUUCUCGAAACAUCUCUUCUCUUGACCUCUUCAAAAACAUCUUAAAACACACGUCUUGUAUAUAGCUGUUAACCUUAACCUGUCUUAUGCCUUUAACAGCGCUUUGUAUUAUCUUGAAAAUGCGCUCUAUAAAUCCAAAUUAUUAUUAUCAUUAUUAUUAUUAUUUUGAAUUUCAUUAUUAUUAUUAUUAUGUAAAUGGCAGGUCCAUCCCAACAAAAAGCUGAUU